UGACCCGGCUGUCCGCCUCCUAGUGUCAGCAGCAGCCUGCAGAGCGGCAGCGGCAGUGCCAGGGUCGCGGCGCUAUUUGGCAGCUGGUUCCGCGUGGGCGGGGCCCCUCCUGCGGUGGCUGACCAGGUCGUCCUGGUCGGCCCCGGUGAGUGUCCCCGGGGAGUAAGGCCGGCAGGUUGCCUGGGGGCAAGCCAUCCUUGCUCCGCCCUUUGCCCCCACCGCUCUCGGGCAAAGUCCUGCGGUAGAGGCAGGCGCUGGGGCCGCGAGUCGUAGACUCGGUUGCCAGAUACCCGGCCCCUAUCGUUCUCUAGUGCUCCAGCUGCCUGGGUUGCCAAGGCAACGGGCGAAGUCCCGCCCCUCCCUACUCGGAGAGGCGCCCGGGCUCCCCAGCCCACCACAAGAAGAGGUCCAGCGAGGAUGCUCCCCCUGGUGGGAACAUAGGCUAACGCCGCGUUGGAGGCGUGCGUCAGAAGCUGUUCCGGUCGGAAAGAAGAGAGGAGCCCGCUCUUCCUCUGCUCAGCUCCUAGCUCUCCAUCAGCACCGGAGGGGCUGCCACUGUCCACUCACCACCUGACCUGGGAGCCUAGGGGUGGAGGCUUGGAAAACAUCCCCAAGGCGUCUCAGAGAGGUCUACCGUGCUCCUCCCUGGUCCCACAUACCCUCAUACUUCAGCAUUUCCUCCAUGACGGAUGUUCUCCGUGAGCCCUCCUCCCAAUUAACAUCAGCUGGGACUAUGGUACAGACCUCCAUGAGCCGGUCCCAGGUAGCCCUGCUGGGCCUGGGCCUGCUGCUCAUGCUGCUACUGUAUGUGGGACUGCCAGGCCCCCCUGAGCAGACCUCCUGGCUCUGGGGAGACCCCAAUGUCACAAUCCUGGCUGGUCUCACCCCUGGCAACUCUCCCAUCUUUUACCGCGAGGUGCUCCCGCUCCACCGGGCACGCAGGGUGGAGGUGGUGCUGCUCCAUGGAAAGGCCUUUAACUCCCACACGUGGGAGCAGUUGGGCACGCUGCAGCUCUUGGCGCAGAGGGGCUACCGGGCCGUGGCCCUUGACCUCCCAGGUUUUGGGAACUCAGCACCAUCAAAGGAGGCAAGCACAGAGGCAGGGCGGGCAGAGCUGCUGGAGCAAGUGCUGCGGGACCUGGAGGUGCAGAAUGCCGUGCUGGUGAGCCCCUCCCUGAGUGGCCACUAUGCCCUGCCCUUCCUGAUGCGAGGCCACCACCAGCUGCAUGGAUUUGUGCCCAUCGCACCCACCUCCACGCAGAACUACACCCGGGAGCAAUUCUGGGCUGUGAAGACCCCGACUCUCAUCCUGUAUGGGGAGCUGGACCGCAUCUUGGCUCGUGAGUCGCUGCGGCAGCUCCGCCACCUGCCCAACCACUCCGUGGUGAAGCUGCGUGACGCAGGCCAUGCCUGCUACCUCCACAAGCCGCAAGACUUCCACCUUGUCCUCCUUGCCUUCCUUGACCACCUGCCUUGAGCUCGCCCACAGCCCAGGCCCCAGGCCUGGCCUGAACUUGGAGGAUCUGGACCAGCCUCCCACCAAAGAGGCAGAGCCGGGGAUUGGAGGACAGAGGCCAGAGGGCCAGGCCCAGUGAGGAUCUCUCAUUUCAUCUCACAGGCACAAUAAAAAAAAAAAAAGCAUUUUU